AUGGUGGCACGCUCCAUUACGGGUCGCCGGCUGUUACGGCUGGUCGUUGCCGUCUUCUUGACGGUUUCCGUCAAUGCCUCAUCCGACGAAUUCACGGAGGACACCACCGCGAAUGGUGGUGACGAAACGAUCAACGGCCAGCAAUCGUCCCCGAGGUCGCAUCUGGUGGGCAGGGUAGGCGAGUUCGAAGGCGAGCUUAACUAUUACCUGCCACUGCGAUUUAGAACCCACCCCGAGCGAGUGAGCCUCGUGACGCGGCCGCUGGGCUUCCCUCUCUCCACGGCUCGCCUGGCCAACGUCUUCCUCCAUUUCUUCGAGCACCUCCCCUCAGACAACUCGGGAGCCAGUUCCAGCAGCAAUCCUACAGGAAGUGCGCCGAGCACCUCCCUUGACAGUGCUUCAGUAGAAAGAAGCAUCUCAGAAAAGUGUGCCUCAGAGGAGAGUGAUUCAGAGGAGAGUGCCUCAGGAGAGUCAGAAUGGGCGGUGAAGCUGGGCUGCCACGGCCCUCCCUGCCCCUCCUUCGGCUCAUGCACCGCCCGCUUCCCCAACGUGCAGGCCUGCUGGAACCCCGAGCUUGUCGAUCCACCCAUGAGCGAACCCAUCCCCCCUAUAAACUGCCCCCUUAAAGCGGACAGCGCAGGGCGUGGCGACGGGUCUCGGUCGCAGGCGAGAUUCGACGAGUCGUGCUCGCACGAGCAGGACGUGGGGGUUCACGGGGCGUCCGCGCUGCAGAUGAUGCGGCUGGAGGAUGUGUUUGUGACGGACAAUGGGUUUGCUCUCAACCGCACGCACCUGUUUGUCAGAAACGGCUGCCCACACUUCCCGGAAAAGGUCACGUACGAUGCGAACCACAUGGUGCACGAGCUGCCAACAGCAGUGUUCAACUGGGCGCACCACCCAGCCAACAACUUCUACCACUUCCUCAUCGAGCUCGUUCCGCUCUUCCUUGUCGCCGCGCCCCUCAUGCCCUCACCACUGCGACAGCUGCCUGUUCUUGUCAGGGGUGGCCAGCAGCAGUCGUCAACUGGGCGCAGCAACCGUGUGGCAGCUGAUAUUCUAGGCGCCUCAAAGAUUGGAAUGGGAAUGAGGGAAAGAACAUGGCAGCUCGUGGUUGAAGCUGCCAACCACCAGCUUCCAGCAGCAGUCAUCAACUGGGCGCAGCGCACCAACCGUGUGGCAGUGCAUGCAUUUCAUUCCCAUGCCUCUCCCCUGAACCGAUGUGCGUUUGACCCGCCAUCUGCCAUCUCAUUCCCACCUCAUGCCCCAAUUGGGCGCACCACUCAUAGGCAUUCCAGUCGAUCAGAUGCGCCUGCUCCCCACAUCUGGCAACGACCUGUUUCAUGCGAAUGUGCUGUACCAGCCCGUGCGCUCCUCAUGCGAGCACGCCUCUACAUAGCGGGCCACGGAGCCGCAGGGGGAAAAAAGGAUGAUCUGCUAUGA